AUGGCCGCCAAACGCCCCAACUUUCUGAUCAUCGUCGCAGACGAUCUCGGCUACAGUGACAUUGCCCCGUAUGGAGGCGAGAUCAGGACACCAAACCUGGACAAGCUGGCCAAGGAUGGCGUCAGGCUGACAAACUUCCACACGGCGCCGGCAUGCUCACCAACACGUUCGAUGCUCUUCUCCGGCACGGAUAACCACAUCGCAGGCUUGGGGCAAAUGGCAGAGUACAUGAGGGGGAACCCUGAGAUAUUCAAGGGCAAGCCAGGUUAUGAGGGUUAUCUCAACAUGAGAGUUGCUGCUCUAUCCGAAAUUCUGCAAGAUGCAGGAUAUCUUACCAUCAUGUCUGGCAAAUGGCAUCUGGGCUUGACCAAAGAGUUCGCGCCAUGCAGUCGCGGCUUCACAAAGAACUUUGUGUUUCUCCCUGGCGCAGGGAAUCACCACGCCUGGGAGCCCCAGCUCGACGACGAAGAGUUCCGCAUCCCUUGCAUGAAGACCGAGAAGUUCUGGAUGGACGACGGCGAGUUCAUCGAUAUGAAGAAGGACCUGCCGAAGGACUUUUACUCGACCAGGAGCUUCACCGACCGCAUGCUCAAGUUCCUUGGUGACCGGAAUGCCGAGGAGAAGGAGCAGCCUUUCUUCGCAUACCUUCCUUUCACUGCUCCCCAUUGGCCUCUCCAGGCACCGCGUGACAUUGUCAAGAAGUACGAGGGCAUGUACGACGACGGUCCGGAUGCUCUAACUCAAAAGCGUCUCAAGCGCAUGGUCGAGCUCGGUCUCAUUGCCGAGGGCACCGAGUGCCACCCGCCGGUUGGAUUCCUCGGCAAGGAGUGGAAGGACAUGAGUGAUGAGGAGCGAAAGUCAUCGGCACGCAAGAUGGAGAUUUUCUCUGCCAUGGUUGAACUCAUCGACGAGAACAUUGGCCGCGUUGUCGACUACCUGACGGAAACUGGAGAGCUUGACAACACCUUUGUGCUCUUCAUGUCUGAUAACGGAGCAGAGGGCGCGGCGUUGGAAGCAGCGCCAGUCAUGGGAGGCGCCAAGACGAUGGCGAACAUCAUCGACAAGCACUACGAUAACUCGUUUGACAACAUGGGAGAGCCAACCUCUUUCGUUUGGUACGGACCCCGCUGGGCUUCGGCCGCGACGGCGCCUAGCCGAGCUUUCAAGACAUGGACGACAGAAGGAGGCAUCCGCUGCCCUUGUCUCGUCCGGUACCCCGGCUUCGGCAACAAAGAAAGCGCCAUCUCGUCCUCCUUCGCCACUGUCAUGGACGUCCUCCCCACCGUCCUCGAGCUGGCCAAGGUGCAGCACCCAGGCACCAGUUUCCGCGGCCGCACGGUCGCUCUGCCGCGCGGCAAGACGUGGGUGCCGCAUCUGUCGUCCUCGGACCUGAAACAGACGUCGAUACACGGGGAAGACACGCAUAUCCACGGCUGGGAGCUGUUCGGCAUGCAGGCCAUCCGCGAGGGCCCGUGGAAAGCCAUGUGGAUCCCCGCGCCCAAGGGGAAGGACGACUGGGAGCUGUUCAACGUAGAGAAAGACCCGGCAGAGAAGUAUAACUUGGUGGACAAAGAGCCGGAGAUCUUGAAGAGGCUCGUGGAGCAUUGGGAGAGGUACUUUGCUGAGACGGGUAUGAUACAUGUCCCUCAGAUAGCUCUGACACGGGGCGUAUUCCCCAAGAAGUAA